AUGGGGCAUGAAAAAUUACACAAUCACAUUUUGAAACCGGUUCAACAGGUCAUCUUCGGACCUAUGUUCAGCGGAAAAACAACCGAACUAAUCCGACGACUGAAACGAUACACAUUCGCCAUGUACAGAUGCCUAAUUAUUCGUUACAUAAAAGAUACCAGAUAUUCGGAAGACAGCAUCGCAUCUCACGAUGGGCAAACCUUAUCAGCUACUUCUUGCUCUAAUUUAUACGACAUGAUUAAUAUAGUAGAUAAUUUCGACGUUAUUGGCAUCGACGAAGGACAAUUUUUCCAAGACUCAAUAAUCUCAUUCGCCGAAGAAAUGGCCAACCGGGGAAAAAUCGUAAUCGUAGCAGCCUUAGAUGCCACAUUUCAAAGAACCGAAUUCGGAAAAAUCCUGCAGCUUGUUCCUAUCGCCGAAAGUGUAGUUAAAUUGAACGCUGUCUGUAUGACUUGCUUCAGCGACGCUUCUUUCACUAAACGUACCACCAACGAGCAAGAAGCUAACCAAAUCACAUGCUUUCAGGUUGAAUUGAUUGGAAGUACUGAUAAGUAUAUGUCUGUAUGUCGAGAAUGUCAUCGACAAGAAAAACCAGUUAGGAAUUCGCCGUGCAAGGUGUAUCAUCAAGAAAUGAAUAAUAUGAAUAACAAAGUUUUCAACGUAUCCAAAAUGAAUAUCUAA